GCGUGGCGAGGACGACACAGACGCUUACGGCGCGUUAACAUCCAGACCCGAUCAAACGUGAUGCAGGCUAAUGAAAAGGUGGCGGAUGGUGGUCUCCUGCCUGAUGCCAAUGGUAAAGAUCCUGGUCCAGUCACACAAACAGAAGGCUCCAAGUGGCAGAAACCUCGCAUCACCCGAAAAUCUCUGAUGAAAUGUUGUCUGGUGAAGUGGAUUAUCGACAGCACCAAUCAGCAGGGACCAGACAGCAGUGACAGUGACCUGGAGCUGUCCAUGGUGCGCCACCAGCCUGAAGGCCUGGAGCAGCUCCAAGCUCAGACCCAGUUCACCAGGAAGGAGCUGCAGUCACUCUACAGGGGGUUCAAAAAUGAGUGUCCCAGUGGUUUAGUGGAUGAAGAAACAUUCAAGAGUAUUUAUUCACAGUUCUUCCCUCAGGGAGAUGCUACUACUUAUGCUCAUUUUCUGUUUAAUGCAUUUGAUAUGGACCGGAAUGGUUCCAUCCGCUUUGAGGACUUUGUGCUGGGCCUGUCCGUGCUCCUCAGGGGCUCUGUGACUGAGAAGCUUCGAUGGGCUUUCAACCUGUAUGACAUCAAUAAGGACGGUUAUGUCACUAAAGAGGAAAUGUUGGCAAUAAUGACCUCCAUCUAUGACAUGAUGGGGCGGUACACACUGCCCAGUGUGCGAGAUGAUUCCCCAUUUGAGCAUGUGGAGAAGUUCUUCCAGAAAAUGGAUCGUAACAGAGAUGGAGUGGUGACGAUUGAAGAAUUUAUUGAAACAUGUCAGAAGGAUGAAAAUAUAAUGGCUUCCAUGCAACUUUUUGAGAAUGUUAUCUAAUCAACCAUCUAUAGACUGAUACUGCAUUGUGCUUCCAGCUGCUAUUUCCUGUGUCAAAUAACCAAAUUCUGACAUAAAAAGUGACACCAGGAUCUUCCAUUUUGAUACAAAUUGCUAUAGGCUUUUACACUUCACUUUUAGUCAGGACUAUAAAAGCAUGUUUAUAUCUUAUUGUAUUUUAUUUUAUUUAUUUAUUAUUAUUUAUUUUAUUUUUUGCAUGUAUUUAUAUUUG